AUGCCCCCGCAGGUGAGCAGCUCGUGCUUGUUCCGCGACGUGAGCGAGGCGGCGCAAGAGGGCAUCGCGCCUGCAGGGGGCUACAACCUCCUGGGCCGCUACGACGUGUGCUGCGUGAAGACCUGCGCAGACCUCGACAGGAAGUGGAGCUUCCUGAAGAGCCAGAAAUUUGACUUUUGGGUUGCCCACGCUGCCGCCGUGAACAUCGGCGAGUCUGUGGACGCCCCAGACUUCGGUGAUUUUCAAAAGCUCGAGAGCGAGGCCAUGAAGGUCCUUGACAGGUGGAAGUACAUCGAGGCCAUGGGGCACAUCAUGGACAACAUCGUCAGCAUCUGCACUAAGUUGCAGAUCAAGCAGAUGGUGUUCUUCCCGUUCGGAAUGGGCGCCUUCCUCAGGCACCUCGGGCAGAUCGAUGCGAGCUUUCUUCAGGACGAGGAGAUGCUGAAGCUGCGGCGGGCCCUGGCAGCGCGAAUGGUGGAGAGCUGGGCGAGGUUGCCGCAGGGGCUCAAGGUUCACCUCUGUCUGCAGUUCGCCACCGACGAGGCCCAAAGGAACGCGGACGCCUUCUUGCGAGCUCUCUCGGCGAACACGGCCUCCGGCCACAGAAGCCUUCUCGUGAAGGAUCGCGUCGUGGUAAUCCCCGAGGGCGACGCGCUCAACGUCGCCAGCGACCUGGCCGUGAGGUCCGACGGGGUGCUGCUCGUCAACGGCGCGAACCGCCGGCUCAUCCAAAGGAAGAACGCCCGACUGAAUGCCACUGUUUUGUCUUCCCCGACCGUCGGCAACCACUGGUUCGCCGGCAGAGCGAGGGCGGCCAUGGACGAGAACCUGCACCGGAGGAGCUGGCGCCUAGCCGCCCUCUCCUACGUGCUGAACGGGCACGGUGGAGAGCAGGACACCCCGCGGCGGCACCGGGACACGCUGGCCGAGCGGGUGCGGCAGCUGGGAGGAACCGUUGCCGAUCUGAACUGCUAG